AUGUCGCUAAAUGUUGGCAUAAGAGCCAUCAGGGCAGCAGAUGCUCUCGGGUGUCUGCGCAGCAGCUGGUGCAGCAGCAGCAGCAGCAGCAGCAGCGGCAGAGUCUCCAUCAGUUGGUGCAGCAGCAGCAGCAGCAGCAGCAGCAGGAGCAGCCGUAAGAAUAGAAACGGUAGCAGAUACUUUACCCCUGGCUGUCUUGUUCAUGAGCUGCAGCAGCAAUUGCUGCAGCAGCAAAUGCUGCUGCAGCAAGAGUUGCAGCAGCAGCAGCAGCAGCAGCAACGGUUGCUGCUGCCUUUAAGGAGCAGCAGCCGUUUCUAUUCCUCACAGUCAGGGGGGGGUCAUCAAGACCGACAGCAGCAAGAUCAGCAGCAGCAGCAGCAGCAGCAAGGUAACGAAUCGCCGCAGCAGCAGCAGCAGCAAGAGGACGAUCAGCAGCAGCAGCAGCAGCAGCCACAGCAGCAGCAGCAGCAGCAACAGCAGCAGCAGCAAGAUGGAGAGGCAUCUGAUUCUUUAGCUAACAUGCCCACAACUGCUGCAGCAAGACAAGCAGCAGCAGCAGCAACAGCAACAGCAACAGCAGCAAAAUUAGCAGCAGCAGCAGCUGCUGCUGCUGCUGCUAGACCAGAUCUAAAUGCCUUACGUUAUCCAAGUGUAGAAGCAGCAGCAGCAAGAGUAGCUCGUCGUCAUGAGAUAGAAGCAGCAGCAGCAGCAGCAGCAGAAGCAGCAGCAGCAGCAGCAGCAAAACCACCAAAGGCUUCUCUUCCUCCCUCCUUCCCUCGUCUUGUUACUUGGCGGGUGUCUCUUCUUUGUACCACUGCAUGCGCGGCAAUGACGGCUUUGUUGUUUUUUCAUAUGGAGAGAAAGAGGAGACAGAGGGCAGACAUUUGCCCAAAAGAAUUAACUAAAAUGGCACAAGUUAUUGAUAUUAUUGAUAAGGAAUUUGGCGAAGUAGUUCUGCCAGUGUUUAUUACAGUGGAUCCAGCAAGAGACACAAUUGCACAAAUAGCGAAUUAUUGCAAAGAAUUUCAUCCAAGACUUGAAGGACUUACAGGGACACCUAAACAAAUAAAAGAUGUAACAAGGAAAUUUAGGGUUUAUUAUAAUGAGACAGCAAAGACAGGAGAUGAUGAAUAUCUUGUUGAUCAUUCUAUUAUACAAUAUUUUAUGGGAUUAGAUGAGGCAGUUGUUGUUGAUGACGAUUGA